AGCAGACGACGAUACGAGUGACAAGAAGUGGCCCUCAGAGACAGACAAGUGUCUGACUAUACCCAGAGAACUCGGAGCGGGUAGGGCAAUCAUCAGGAGCCCACUUAGCCCAUGGGAAGGUUCCAGUCGGUGCUCUCACCCUCGUCCCGGAAAAGCUCACGCAAAGCCGGAGAGGUGCUUGUGAACUGAGCGAUGGGGGAAAUGAAUCCCAUUCCCUCCCCGCUGGCUGAACAGAGAACGGAGUCUCCGCUGUCUUGCCAACAGCUGCCAGUUCCUCUUGGAGUGCCUCACAUCAAGACGAGCUGUAAGUGAGCUUCACUAGACCAGACAGACUUCCCUUUCUCCUGUUAAGGUGGCAGAAGACCACAUCUGUCAAGGGGCCUUCCUGAGCAUCUGGAGGAGAAGGCCGCUGCCAUCCCACUCCCUACCCAGCCCAGCCUCCUGCAGCCCUUGCCAUGUUCCAGGUUGUUCUGGGUGCUCCUCAGCGGCUGCUGAAGGAAGGGAGGCAGUCCCGGAAGCUGGUGUUGGUGGUGGUGUUUGUGGCUCUGCUCCUGGACAACAUGCUACUCACUGUGGUGGUGCCCAUUGUGCCCACCUUCCUGUAUGUGACAGAGUUCAAGGACAUCAACUCUUCUCUGCUUAGCGGCCCUUCUGUAAGCUCCCAGCAAGCUCUCGCCUCUCCUGCCUUCUCUACCACCAUGACUGUAGAAGAGCAUGUACCCUUUCGUGUAGCAUGGACAAAUGGGACCACCCCUCCUCCAGUCACCGAAGCUGGCUCAGUACCUAAAAACAACUGCUUGCAAGGGAUAGAGUUCUUGGAAGAGGAAAACGUCCGGAUUGGGAUUCUAUUUGCUUCAAAGGCUUUGAUGCAACUUCUGGUUAACCCAUUUGUAGGACCUCUUACUAACAGGAUUGGCUAUCACAUCCCCAUGUUUGUUGGCUUUAUGAUCAUGUUUCUCUCCACACUAAUGUUUGCUUUCUCUGGCACCUAUGCCCUGCUAUUUGUGGCCCGAACUCUCCAAGGCAUUGGAUCUUCAUUUUCAUCUGUUGCAGGGCUUGGGAUGCUGGCCAGUGUCUAUACUGACAACUACGAGAGAGGAAGAGCCAUGGGAAUUGCUUUGGGGGGCCUGGCUUUGGGACUUCUGGUGGGAGCACCUUUUGGAAGUGUGAUGUAUGAAUUUGUGGGCAAGUCCUCACCAUUCCUCAUCUUGGCCUUCCUGGCACUGCUGGAUGGAGCUCUCCAGUUUUGCAUCCUGUGGCCUUCGAAAGUGUCUCCUGAGAGUGCCACGGGGACUCCACUUUUGACGCUUCUCAAAGACCCUUACAUUCUGGUAGCAGCAGGUUCCAUCUGCCUGGCUAACAUGGGAGUUGCCAUAUUAGAGCCCACGCUACCCAUCUGGAUGAUGCAGACCAUGUGUUCCCCGGAGUGGCAGCUAGGUCUGGCUUUUUUACCUGCCAGUGUGGCCUACCUCAUUGGCACGAACCUUUUUGGUGUGUUGGCCAACAAGAUGGGUCGGUGGUUGUGCUCCCUUGUUGGAAUGGUAGCUGUAGGUAUCAGCUUGCUCUGUGUACCUCUGGCUCACAAUAUUUUUGGUCUCAUUGGCCCCAAUGCAGGCCUUGGCUUUGCCAUAGGCAUGGUGGAUUCCUCUCUGAUGCCCAUCAUGGGAUACCUGGUGGACUUACGCCACACCUCUGUGUAUGGGAGUGUCUACGCCAUCGCUGAUGUGGCUUUUUGUGUGGGCUUUGCCAUUGGCCCAUCUACCGGGGGUGUUAUUGUACAGGCCAUCGGCUUCCCUUGGCUCAUGGUCAUCAUUGGUACUAUCAACAUCAUCUAUGCCCCUCUCUGCUGCUUCCUGCAGAACCCGCCAGCUAAGGAGGAGAAGCUUGCAAUUCUGAACCAGGGAUGCCCCGCAGAGACCCAGAUGUACACAAUCCAGAGGCCCACGAAGGAGUUUCCACUGGGAGAGAACAGCGAUGACACUGGCAGCGAGGAGUAGCUGUAGAGGGCGAUAUCUGGGCCUCAUUCCAGGUGACCCCAUGAGGCUUGAAUUUCAGUGUCCCAGGGGACCAGGUCACCACGGACUCAAUGGGUCUCACUUUCCUCUCCUCUGGGCAACUCCCUUCCUUCCUUCUUAUGGAUAGCUUGCCCUUAUUCACCUGUAAGUGCACCCCACCAAUCUCCCAAUGUGCUUUGAUGCCACCAGUGGCCCACUUUUUGUGGGAGGACAGUGCUACUUCCUGCCAGGCCAAAGCGAAGAUGACUAAAGCUGAGUUGUGACAAGUUCUGCAAGGGGUGACUCACUUCCUGCAGGUAGUGCUGAACAAUGUGUCUAUGAAACCAGGGCUACAAACGGCAAGCCUUUCUUUCUACUCUGAUUUUUUUCUAACGUAUUACCAAUAUGUCAUAAAAUUUGACCUGUCUCCUGUGAUAUGUUUUCCCCUUAUUUUUUCCAGGUGAGCCUCCAUAUGUAGGUUUUUUUUCCUUAUUUUAUGUGCUAAAAUUACUUUAACUUCAUCAAAUGAGGCCUCCUGGCUCUCCUCAUCAUCCAAUCAAGGGGAACUAAGCAGCUUUCCUAGGGUUGGGUUACAUCUGCUCUGAUGAUUUCUCAUGUAUGCUUCUAGCUUUCCCCAACCUCUUAAACUCUUAUAAAUAAAAAUGGUUGAAGUACAGAAAACAAACAAACAAAAAACCCAAACAAACCAACGAAACAACAACAGAAACCCCAAAUAAACAACAUUGCAUUAGA